AUGUCUUUCGAAACCACAGCUACCAUUGCCUCCUUUGGAGGCAAGCUUUUGAAGCUGAAGCACCAGUCUUCCAGCACAGGCACAGACAUGGCACUAAAUCUUUACCUUCCGCCACAAGCUCUGAAGUCAGGCGCAAAGGUUCCCGUUCUGUUCUACUUGUCAGGCCUGACCUGUACGGGUGACAAUUGUUCCGAAAAGGGCUUCUUCCAGCACGGUGCCAGCCAGAAGGGCAUUGCUGUUGUGUACCCAGACACCAGCCCACGGGGCUUGAAGAUCGAGGGCGAGGAUGAUGCGUACGAUUUUGGUUCCGGUGCCGGUUUCUACGUCGAUGCAACCAAGGAGCCGUGGAACAAGGGCUACAACAUGUACUCCUACAUCACGAAGGAGCUUCCCGAAGCUUUAUUCACGCACUUCAAGGAGCUUGACGGCAGCCGAAUCAGCAUUACUGGGCAUAGCAUGGGUGGUCAUGGUGCCCUAACAAUUUUCCUUAAGAACCCCGGACAGUACAAGUCAGUCUCCGCAUUUGCACCCAUUGCGAACCCUAUCAAUGCCCCUUGGGGACAGAAAGCAUUCAAGGGCUACUUCGGCGAGGACCAGCAGCAGAAGUGGAAGGAGCACGACGCGACCGAGCUCGUGAAGCAGUGGAAGGGUCCAUUGGACAUCCUCAUUGACGUGGGUACUGGCGACAACUUCUACAAGCAAAAGCAGCUUCUUCCUGAAAACUUCAUCGAAGCGGCUAAGCAGGCGGGCAACGACAAGGGCAUCAACCUGCGGUUGCAGCCCGACUACGAUCACAGCUACUAUUUCAUGGCCACAUUUGCAGACGAUCACGUGGCAUGGGCGGCGAAACACUUGGGAGUCUAUUUUGUCUCUGCUUCCCGCGGUGGGGAAAUGGAAGCCCAGGUCGAAAAUGCGAUCCAAAUCGCCUCUGACCCCACCUCAAGCCAGCAGCUGCGCGGGCAAGCGAUAGAAUACCUUAAUCAGCUGCGCACCGAAGGCUCAGCAUGGCAGGCAGGCCUUACGCUGUUCACACGCGAUCCUCGUGCGUCCGAGAUCAUUCGCCAUACCUCGCUCGACCUCGUAAACAACGCUAUGCAGGAGCAUCGUCUGGACGACCAGAGUUUGUCAUACAUCAAGGACACUCUCAUGAAUUAUAUUCGACAGACCUAUGCAUCUGGGAGCUCUUCGGCGGAUGCGGGUCACCUACAAAACAAAUUGAUGCAGACAAUCACCUACCUUUUCGUAGCUCUAUACCCGUCUUCAUGGCAAUCAUUCUUCGACGACUUUCGCGCGCUAGCUGGCGACCAGGCUACCAUCGGCAGUGUCAACUACACAUCGACAUUGCUUUACCUGAGGCUGCUGGCCCAGGUGCAUGACGAGAUUGCAGACGUUCUAGUUGCAAGACAGGAAGACGAAAAGAAGCGGAACACAGAGCUGAAAGAUCUCAUUCGCCAACGUGACGCCCAAAAAAUCUCAUUAUCAUGGCAAGAAAUACUGGCAAAAUGGAGGGAGACAGACUUUGGUCUCAUAGAGAUGUGUUUGAGGACCAUCGGACGUUGGGUCAGCUGGAUCGAUAUUUCGCUUGUGGUCAACGAGAGCAUGAUCAUGAAUUUUCUGCAAAUGGCAGGCCAACAGGGCAUCUCCUCGCCGGAAACCCCUGAAGGAAGGGUUCGAGAUGCCGCAAUCGAUACGUUCUCCGAGAUUGUCAGCAAGAAGAUGGGACCUGCGGACAAGAUACAACUGAUUGAAUUCCUCAAUCUUGGCUCAGUUGUAGGCCAGCUCAUCAGUAGCCCCGCCCUUGCCGACCAGAGCACAUCUGACUAUGACAAUGAUCUCGCCGAGACCGUAGCAAAACUUGUUAAUAAUAUCGUCUUCGACAUCGUCAAAAUUCUGGAGAAGGACAACAACGAUGAACAGACUCGUCAGCGUGCCGACGCACUCAUUCAGAUGUUCACGCCUUACUUGUUAAGGUUUUUCGCUGAUCAAUAUGACGAAGUCUGCUCAACAGUCAUCCCUUCUCUGACAGAUCUUCUCACCUUUUUCCGUAAGCUGCAGAAGAAGACUGGUUCCCUACCUUCUCAGUACGCGGCCAUACUUCCUCCCGUGCUCGAGGCGAUAAUUGCAAAGAUGAAGUACGACGAGGCGGUUUCCUGGGGCGAAGAGGGCGAACAGACGGAUGAGGCCGAGUUCCAGGAUCUUCGAAAGAGACUGCACGUCUUGCAACUAACAGUAGCAGCCAUUGACGAGAACUUUUACAUCGAGACUCUAAGCCGCGUCGUAAGCGAUACCUUCAGUCGACUGUCCACGGGCGGCCAUUCUGCAUUGGAUUGGCGCGACCUGGAUCUGGCGCUAUACGAGAUGUUCCUGUUUGGAGAAUUGGCCAUGCGUAAUUCAGGUCUAUACGCUAAACGCGAGCCAUCUUCUGUGGCUGCACAACGACUGGUGGGGAUGAUGAAUAGCAUGCUAGAUGCUGACAUUGCGAACUACCCUCACCCUUCCAUACAACUGCAGUACAUGGAAAUCUGCGUUCGGUAUUACCAGUUCUUCGAACAGAACUCCCAUCAAAUUCCUAAAGUGCUCGAAAAUUUUGUUCGUCUCACGCACAACAAUCACGUCAAAGUCCGCUCGAGAUCUUGGUAUCUGUUCCAGCGAUUAGUUCGACAUCUACGAGCACAGCUUGGCAACGUCUCUUACGACAUUAUUCAAGCUAUUGGUGACCUUCUCACCAUCAAAGCCGAGUUACCAGAAGAUUCCGGGGAUGACAUGUCAUCCGACGAGGAAGAUCAAUCCGCGGAUGCUCUGUUCAAUUCUCAAUUAUACCUGUUCGAAGCGGUCGGAUGCAUUGCUUCCUCAGGCACAGUCUCGACAGAGAAUAAGAAGCUCUACGCGCAGACUAUCAUGAGUCCGCUUUUCGCCGACCUGGAGCAAACAUUGCCACAAGCACAGAACGGUGAUGAGCGCUCGAUCUUGCAGAUUCAUCACAUCAUCAUGGCUAUUGGGACCCUUGCACGCGGAUACUCCGAUUGGGUCCCUUCCAGCAAUAGCGAGCUUCCGCAGAGUGAAGUAGCAGAUGAGUUUGCUAAAGCAUCAGAAGCCAUUCUCAUUGCUCUGAAGUCCCUCAAUUCAUCAAGCACAAUCCGCUACGCCGCUCGAUUUGCAUUCUCCCGCAUGAUCGCUGUACUCGGCUCGCGUAUCCUCCAGGAAAUUCCGUCCUGGAUUGAGGGACUCUUAUCGCUCAGUUCGUCUAUGGAUGAGAUCUCCACGUUCAUGAAAGUCUUAGGCCAAAUUAUCUAUACUUUCAAAGGAGAGAUUGCUGGUAUACUUGAUACGGUCCUCACGCCUCUCCUGCAACGCAUCUUCACCGCGUUAGCAGUUACUCCAUCCGGUACAGACGAUGAAAUCCAAUUGGCAGAGCUUCGCCGAGAGUAUCUCAACUUCAUAUCUGUGGUGCUAGGGAACGGUCUAGGGUCUGUAUUUGUGAGCGAUGUCAACCAGACAACCUUCGACACUAUCAUCACAUCAAUCGACACGUUUGCGAGAGAUACAUCCGAUUAUCCAACAGCCCGCCUAGCCCUCUCGGUGCUCAUUCGCAUGACCUCGGUAUGGAGUGGGCCAGACAAAGUGGGACCUGGCGCCAAUACGACUCCGACAAGUCCCGCCACAGCACCUAUUCCCGGCUUCGAGAAUUAUGUUGUGGAGCGCUUCUCGCCAUUGGUCUGGUCCAUUCCCACAUCUGCCGGUUUCAAUCCCAAGGACGCACAGGCGAAACAGGUACUCUACGAGGUCGCUAACCUCCAGGCCGAGAUCGUAAAGAAGGUUGGCGAGCCCUAUGUCGAACGGCUGAGGACGGACCUUUCGGGCAUGGGUGUGAGCGAGGAUGUGGUCGAUCGAUACCUACGAACCCUCGCAGGCGCGUUCGAAGGCGUCGAGAAGUUCAAGGAAUGGCGGAUUUUCUUUGCGCAGUUCGUGGGCUCAGCGCAAGGCUAG